UGCCCGUGCCCAUCCCUAGCAAUAACCAGCUUUCAUACCUAAAGUAAAAAAGCAGAGAGGAUUCACUUUCCUAACUUCCAAUUUUACGUUUAUCAUGUCGAGCUAUAUUGCCAGGAGGGGUCCAGCAGUUCUCUCUAAUCUGGGUAGAUGGGCCUACAACCUUUCCGGAUUCAACCAAUACGGUCUGCACCGUGACGAUUGUCUGUACGAGAACGAGGACGUGAAAGAGGCCGUGCGCCGCCUGCCCCGCAAGUUGUACGACGAGCGCAACUACCGCAUUAUGCGGGCCCUCCAUCUGUCAAUGACCAAGACGAUCCUGCCCAAGGAGCAGUGGACCAAGUACGAGGAGGACGUCAAGUACCUGGAGCCCUAUCUGAAUGAGGUCGUGAAAGAGCGCGAGGAGCGUGAGGACUGGGACAAGAUCCACUAAAUUAUCGGCACCCACUUCUUUGGACUUGUAAAUGUUGAAAUACAUACAUAGCUUAGAUAAACACCAA